AUGUCCUUCAGAGCUGCCUGGAGCUUGGUGCUGAGGAAGGGGGAAGUUGGAAUGCGAGGGAUCCACAGCCCAGGAGCCACUGCUACUCAGCUCUUCCUCUGUAAGAUGAAGAGAACCAUAUCACUGACUCUCGUGAUGCCAAGCCAGUGAGUCGACUCUCUUGAAGGUCUUAGCAUGUCUCCUGGCACACACCCACGGCAAGGAGAAGAUGCCACCGUACACCAGCUACCACGCGCAGCGCUCUUACCCCAUGCCCGACGAGCCCUUCUGCACGGAGCUCAGCGCUGAGCAAUGGGCCCUGAAGGAGAAGGAGAAGGGCAGCUGGACGCAGCUGAGCCACGCCGAGAAGGUGGCCUUGUACCGGCUCCAGUACCAUGAGACCUUCGCGGAGAUGAACCGUCGCUCCAAUGAAUGGAAGACAGUCAUGGGCUGUGUCUUCUUCUUCUUUGGAUUCACAGGUCUGAUGAUUUGGUGGCAGCAUGUCUACGUCUUCCCUAAGAAGCCCAUCACCCUGACGGAUGAGUGGAAGGCCCAGCAGCUCCAGCGCAUCCUGGACAUGAAGGGCAACCCUGUGCAAGGCCUGGCCUCCCGGUGGGACUACGAGAGGAAGGAGUGGAAGAAGUGACCUGGGUGGGGUUCCAGCUGAUCCCCUUGCAGCCCCUACCUGGCCCGCAGCCUGUGGCGGCUCCUCCCCUUCCCUUAACUGCAAUAAAGCUGGCCUGUUCUCAUCUGC